UAGCCAUGGGUUAUUUCAUGGAAGAAAUCGAACCCCCUCAACAACAAACGUCCAAACAGCGUCAAAUGUAUGUUACGCUUGACACACUAUACAGUGACUCAUUUCAGGGUUAAAUCAACUUCUGUCCAUAAUUUUAAACGCCUCUCCAAAGAGCAAAGCUAACAUAGCUUGCUAUUUCAACACUCCUCGUUCAGCCUCUUCCAAUCAACCACUCACGGCUAGUGGUAGCAGGGCUUCGCUAGUUAUCCUACAUCAGCUAGCCAGAUGCCAUUUAGCUGCAAUGUUGGAAUUUCUUUACCUUCAGGGUCACAUCACAGAGUUUCCCUUGCCGUCGAAUUUCUUCCAUGACUGCAUACCCGCGAUCUGUCUGUAUAAAACGAGAUGUAUGCACAGCAGCAUCACUUCAUCCAGACCUGGUGCCUUUGUCAGUCUGAUCCACUGAAGCCCGUUCAGCCUAGCCAUGAGCAGGAACUACAUGUCCAAGUAUGAUGAGCUCCGCAAAGGAGACUAUCUCUGGUCCAACAACAAGGAGUACAAGGCAGUCUUUCAGGAGGACGGCAACUUUGUGAUCUACGGCUGGAGGCAGAUGUGGUCGUCCGACACCGCCGGGCAGCACGAUGCCCACCGCCUCUGCAUGCAGGACGACUGCAACUUUGUCAUGUUCAAGCGCGACAACAAGGCCGUCUGGCACACCAACACCCACAAGUCCGACGGCUUCAGGAUGUGCCGCAUGUGGCUGCGGGACGACGGCAACCUGGUGAUCGAGAAGGACGGCGAGGAGAUGUGGAACUCCUCCCAGUCCAAGGGGAUGAAGUGAAGCAGCUGUGUGGGUCAACAGUGCAGUGGCUCUCAGCCUCCUCAUCCCUUUGAGGGUCACUGAGGGCCACUGUGUCAAACUGCUGAUGGUGGGAUACAAACGGAGCCGAAUGGUUGGUUGAUUGGUUGUUUGGAGGGCUGAUAAAGUGAUUUUCAAUAAAGAGCAAAAUGAAAUGCA